AUGUUGGCUAAUAUGGUAAAGGAGAAUCCCAAGAUUGACAGGUUAUCCGGUGGAGUGCCUCCUGGACUAGAUGAGUUCAAGAAUAAACCAAUCAACUUUAAAAGUAAAUAUCUAACAGGCCAGGCUGGAAGCAUUAUACACAGAGUCGAGCCCGGUGGGGCAGAAUACAAUUAUGCAUCUGCUUCUAAAGGAGCAAAAUUUGUGUCCUACAACAAGGAAGUAAAGGGUGCCUCCAAUAUCUUGAACGGCGACAAAGACAAGUACCUUCUAAACCCUUGCUCGACCGAACAAAACCCUGUUUAUCCUACCGACUCAUGGGCUAAACUCGGGAAUUUUACUGCUGCGAACGUGAAGCAUGCUCAGAGGUUUGUUCUUCCAGAGCCGAAAUGGGUGAGGUAUCUCAAAUUGAACCUGCUCAGACAUCAUGGCUCGGAGUUUUACUAUACGCUGAGUGUGUUGGAAGUGUACGGUGUUGAUGCUAUUGAGAAAAUGCUAGAUGACUUGGUUUUAGAUGGAAAAAAUCCAGGUUUAAGCCCCCCCUUGACAACUGAAGGUCAGAUCUUUGGAUUUGAUAAAGAUGUCGGGGAUAAUUAUGCGCUUCUGGAGAAGAUCGUGUCAGAUGUUCGGAAACUCUCUGAAAGCAAAGAGGACAUGAGUAAGGAGAUCGGUGAUCUUAUGUCUUGGAAAUAUCUUGUUUCUACACAGUUGGACAACAUACUGAAUGAGAAUUCCCUUCUCAGAUUGGAGGUUGAAAAGGUUCGGAGGAAUCAAUUGCAUCUGGAGAACAAAGGAAUUAUCCCAAAAUCCCAGGAAAUUUUGUUCGAUGAGAUCAUCCUGGUUUUUCCUCCUACUUAG